AUGGGGUUGAUAUGGGUGGUUAAAUUGGGUUACCAGCAGGAGAAAAUUGAACGGAUAUUUCCCACACCGCCAGAUUUUACGCUGUACAGUCGAUGGCUUUUGCGGUCCGCCAGAGCAUUGCAGAACCCGCAGUCAAUAGGGCUGGCGUUGACAUCGUGGUCGAAAGUUGGGGAGUUUUACACAGAGUUGUUGGAGCGAUUGGAGAAUCCGGAAAUUGAUGGGAAGGGUUUGAAGGAGCAGACUGAGGGUGGAUUGGUGGUGGAUGGCGUUGGCAAGAUUGGAUACGACAUUGAGGGGAUGAGUGAGUCGUGGAAGAUGGGCUAUUUCCAGGCCCUCAUGGGCGCUGCUGAGACUGCAGAAAAGCUGGAAGGGUGGAUGUACGAUGAAAAACUGGAUGCUGCUGCGCCAGCGGAGUAUGUUGUUGGCCCGUCGAAUCCUAACCCGAAGCCGAAGCCUGCGUCUAUCAAACACAUGCUUAACGAGGAGGAUAGUCGACCAGCGUAUGAAUCUCCGGAGGUGUUUUACAUGAAGAUUCUUACGACGAAGGGGUUCCAGACCAACCAGCGACUUGAUGCGGCUCUCGCUUACGCGGAUUGGCUCGACUUCAAGGGCUGGAACGAAACGGCCGAUGACAUGUAUAGGUGGGCGAUGGACAUCGCCGCAUCAGGGCUCCCCGUGGACCCAAGUGCAGUCGUUGAUAUGAAGACCGGAAUUUUGAAAGACGUUGGAAACAAACAUGUUACUGAGAACAUCCUACGUGCGACAACCGCGCUUGGCGUGCAUAAGGUCCGCCGAGGCGACUUGGCCCCGGCACUCUCCAUAUUCUUAUCUGUGCUCAGAGCUCGCCGGAACCUCCCUGAAGCACCUAUCUCUCAUGAAAACCAAAUCCCUCCCCAAGAUGAGUCCCCGUUAUCCGAGCUAUUCGAGAUUCUGUCAUCCUACGUCGUUCCACCUCCCUAUCCCUAUGCCACCCUUACCGGGAAUGAACGGCCUCUCCGAUCUGCGUCUGAGGCCUGCGACGAAGCCGGCCUGAUGGUUUACAUUGGCGAAAUCAUUUUCGCUUCGUCUUCACAAGAAAAUGGCUUGUCGUGGACGCGUGACGCGGUUGACCUCGCAGAAAUCUCGUUAUUGCGGUUAGAUGGGACCGACAACGGACCUCGGAGCUACGGGAUGAAAUACUCCAAUGACGAUGAGAAAUGCCACGACUGUCUGCGCACCGGUCUGGAUAACUGGAAGAAGAUGGUGAAGAAGCUUGUCGUGCAGGCAGAACAGGAAGAAUUGGAUUGCAUCAGCACCGCAAAAGAUGGUUGGUUUAGCAGCCGCUCGAAACAAGUGAAGGAGAAACAGAUGCAGAGGAGGCGAUGGGAGGCAGAAGAAAUGAUUAUUGAAGACCGAUCGAAGAGGAUUCAGAAGUUUAUCGGGGAUCCGUUACUGGCUGGGCUAGCACCAAACACGACGAUGAUGCUGUUUAGCUGA